AUGUUGGAUAUGGGAGAACGGAAAGAAGCGAAAAUGAUUCCCAAAUCAUCGUUCAGUAUAAACAGCCUGGUGCCUGAAGCAGUCCAGAGUGACAACCAUCACAGGACCAUUCCUGAAGAAGAAGAGAAAAUCCCUUUACCUCUAGCGCAGGAGGCGAAGUCUGAGAACACUUGCACUAAAAGUGAUAAUCCUGAACCAACUUGCACGGACGAGAAAGAAAAACCGGAGGAAAAAAAAGACUCCAAAGAGGGCGAGGGAGGCAAAGAGGGCGAAAAGAAAAACGGCAAGUACGAGAAGCCUCCUUUUAGCUAUAACGCCUUGAUCAUGAUGGCUAUUCGGCAAAGUCCGGAGAAACGUUUAACUCUGAACGGCAUUUACGAGUUCAUUAUGAAAAAUUUCCCUUACUACCGGGAAAACAAGCAAGGCUGGCAGAACUCCAUCAGGCACAACCUGAGUUUGAACAAGUGCUUUGUGAAAGUUCCGCGGCAUUAUGAUGACCCGGGCAAAGGGAACUACUGGAUGCUCGACCCUUCAAGCGACGACGUGUUCAUCGGUGGCACGACGGGGAAACUCCGGCGGAGAUCGACCACAUCGCGGGCCAAGCUGGCGUUCAAGCGCGGCGCACGGCUCACCUCCACCGGCCUCACGUUCAUGGAUAGAGCUGGUUCUCUAUACUGGCCCAUGUCUCCGUUCCUUUCUCUGCACCAUCCCAGGGCAAGCGGCGCCCUGAGUUACAACGGCACGUCCUCGGCCUACCCGAGUCACCCGAUGUCCUACAGCACCAUGCUGACACAGAACGGUUUGAGCAACAACCACUCGUUCCCGGCCUCGAACGGCCUGAGCGUGGACAGACUCGUGAACGGAGAGAUCCCGUACGCCACGCAUCACCUGACCGCGGCCGCACUGGCAGCAUCCGUGCCCUGCGGCCUCUCGGUGCCUUGCUCAGGGACCUACUCGCUCAAUCCGUGCUCAGUGAACCUGCUGGCGGGACAGACCAGCUAUUUCUUUCCCCAUGUCCCGCAUCCUUCCAUGAGUUCGCAGGGCAGCACGUCGAUGAGCUCCCGCACCGCUUCUUCUUCGUCGCCGCAGGCGGCCGCGUCUCUCCCGUGCGAGUCGUUAAGGCCCACACUACCGAGCUUCUCUUCGGGACUUUCCGCCGGACUGUCUGAUUACUUCACACAUCAGAACCAAGGCUCUACGUCCAAUCCUCUUAUACACUAA